CUGAACGGCAGUCGAAAGCCGCUUGAUUUGCAGGGUUUGCUACAAUGCCCGAACUAGUCCUCAUAACUCAGGUUGUACAGAUUUGGAAAAAAUUUUCAAAGGAAUUUCAGUUUACUGUUAUCAAGUCAUGGCCUAACAAUUUUUGAGGGCUAAGUGUUCUUGAAGUACGUCUUAUGAUAUGGAAAAGCGCGAACUUUUGCGUGAGGCUACUAGACGUCCUUUAGAUGAUGCAGCUAAAGAGAGGAGACAGAGAAAAACUCUUAGCUUGUUGGAACAAGAUAAUCACAUUGAAGAACCCCACUCAGAUCUGAAGGGAACGAAAAGACCACAAUUUGGAGAUGAGGAUGAAGAUAUUUCAGCCAACAAUAAACGCCGAAAAAAGAAACGCAUAUCGAAUAUUCGUGCACGCUGUAGGAAAACGUUUGAGAUUUUAUUGGAUGAAGAAUAUCAAGCAACGAAAGGAGGAACUACUGGUGCCUGCUAUUUUACGGCUGCCGCUCCUCCGAGCAGGCUACCCAGGAGGAAGUUUUGUAAUGUCUGUGGUUUUCAAGGUUUAUAUAACUGUAUAGUUUGUGGUCUACCAUAUUGCAGUAGGAAGUGUUAUGAAAUACAUUCAGAUACGCGGUGUAUGAAAUGGGUUGCUUAAAUAACCCUUGUAAUAUUAUGAUCACGUGUAAAUAUAUUUCAAUCCUUAAA